UCCUCUGCAAUCUUCUCCCGAAAGUCUCCCUUUCCCCGUUAUAAUAAGUAAACAUUCACAUUGGAACCGCUUGCGCUAUUAACUCCCCUCUCUCUCUCUCUCUCUCUCUCUUCUGAGCUGCGCUCUAUCGAUGGUGGUUUCGGGUAGUAGUGACCGGUCGGAGAUAGUGUUCUUCGACAUAGAGACCACGGUGCCGACCCGACCCGGACAGGGGUUCGGCAUUCUGGAAUUCGGCUCCAUUCUGGUGUGCCCCAGGAAGCUGGUGGAGCUGGAGAGCUACUCCACCCUGCUCCGACCCACCGAUCUCUCCCUCAUCUCCAACUUGUCCGUCCGUAGCAACGGCAUUUCCAAGGACGCCGUCCUUUCCUCCCCCUCUUUCGCCCAAAUUGCCGACCGGGUCUACGACAUUCUCCACGGAAGGAUAUGGGCAGGUCACAAUAUCCUGAGGUUCGAUUGUGCACGGAUUAGGGAGGCAUUUGCAGAGAUCAGUAGGCCGCCGCCAGAGCCCAAGGGUACGAUUGACUCAUUGGCUCUAUUGACUCAGAGGUUUGGGAGGAGAGCUGGUGACAUGAAGAUGGCCACACUUGCAACUUACUUUGGGCUUGGACAGCAAACACAUAGGAGUUUAGAUGAUGUCCGGAUGAAUCUCGAAGUUCUCAAGUACUGUGCAACCGUUUUAUUCUUGGAGUCAAGCCUCCCAGAUGUAUUCACGGAAAACAGUUGGGUUUCUCCAAAUGCAAUUACAAGAAGUCGUAGUAAUGGGAAAGUUUCUCCCGAUGGGAUGGUCAAUACACCCUCGUCAAGUGUCAAAAUUGAAAAUCUCCAGACUUCCUUUUCUGAUCAGAGCAGAGAUGGAAAUCAUCCAAUACUCUCUCUUAUGACUCCAAACACAGCAGACAAGGUCCCUGAUCGAGCUGAAUCUAACAUAGCCGGUCCAGACCCUUUUGACUUGGGCAUAAUGAUUGAUGAAGUGGAGCGAGAAUCGCUUCGAUUGGAUGAGACUGAUGAAGAAGAAUCUGGUUCAGAGUCCGAGUCUUCUACUGCAGCUGAAUCUGAGGCCCCCUCUUGCUAUGCUGCCUUUUUAAAGCCUGUUGAAGUUUCUACGCCUUCUAUCCGUGUAUCUCUUGUGCCAUUUUAUCGUGGAACUCAGAGAAUACAAAUAUUGCACAAAGAUAUUACACUGCAGCUUCGUUGUAACCACUUGAAAGUGCGCUUUGGGAUAAAUAGAAAAUUUGUUGAUUUUGCUGGCCGGCCGCGCUUGAAUUUUGUAGUGGAUGCAACUCCAGACCUUUGCGAGGUUUUGGAUGCAUGUGAUAAGCUUGCACAGAGACUGUCUUUGGAUUCUGGUAGCAGCUCUGAGUGGAGACCUGUAUUGACCAAAAAGGCUGGAUUCUCUAAUUCUCCCACCAUGCGAUUACAAAUACCCACGGUUGCAGCUGGAAACGUAGCCAGAUGGGUCACGGAGAUAUACGAGAAAGAAUCUUCCACUACCCCGCAAAGGCUUGUGUUCAGCAGAUUUGAUGUUGAAGAACUUGAUACCUUGUUAACCCCGGGAACUUUUGUGGACGUGUACCUCUCCUUGGACCCGUAUGAUUAUCAGCAGAAUGCUGGCAUUCGGUUAGUGGCAAAAAAAUUGAUCGUACAUACUAACUGAUCGGUCAUCCACCAAGCCAUGUACUAAUUUGUUUUAGGAAUUCAUCUUUUGUGUUCGUAAGGACCAAUAGAAUGCAGGUGAAAGCUGUAACUGGUAACAAGUAACUUAUUCAUACCAUCUGUAUUAUUAUCCAUGUAAUUAUAUGUAGAACUGUAUUUGAGACAAA